CUUCUGAUGAGAUGUUCUUUUUGUGGAUCAACAAAUUCUUUAGAAAAUAUUCAAUGUUUUCUUUCCUUCAAAUUCUGAACUGCAUAAAUACCCAAACAUUUCCACCAAUUCUUAUAAAACAUGUUUGCUGCUGUUCGAUGAUCGCUUAUAACAUGCUCGCAACAUGUAACAAAUGAAACUUUCAGUUUCACAUGCUCAACAACAAACGAUCAACGACGAGAUUUCAGUUCUUUAAAAACUUUGCGUGCGAAUGGACGUUUAAACGAAAAAGUUUUGGGAUUUGUGCCAAAAGAAAUUGUUUUGUGGCUUAAAUAAAACGAGAAGAUUUUUUUGUAAACCGAAAUAAAAAUAUAAUAAUAACAAAAAUCUUAGUGUAUUUACUUAAGAAGGCUAAAAGAAAUUGUUUGGCUAAAAUUAUUUAAAAAAGAAAUUAUCAUAAUUUUUAUUGCAACUUAACGGUUUUCUGUUUUUGAAAAAGAUUUUAAAAUUUUAAUAACAAAAAAAAAGUUUAAAUUAUAAAUAUUAAACGGUAAUAAAAUUUAAACGCGUCAUAAAAAGUCAUUCUUUUGCCGGAGUUUAUAUUCUUUUUUGUUAAAGAAAAAGUGCUGGUUUUUUGUGGUUUAAUUUUCAAUUAAAAUUUUGUAAAAUUUUUUUUCCUGUUCCAAGUGGUCAUUACACAUUUAGUGCCAAAUUUCUUUGCUUUACCCGUUGUUGUUGUUUAAGUGUUAUUUUUCUUUUAGUGUUUGGAGUAUUUUUCUCCUUUAACAAGAAGUUAACAGAAAAUAAAACUUUUUUAUAAUUUUUUUUUUUUGUGAUUUUUUUCUGUAUGCAAAAGUGGAAAUAAUUACUUUGGCUUUAUACGUCUGUUUAAUAUCAUCAAGUGAAAAUUAUUUAUUUUGUUUUAAAACAACCAAACGUCAGAUUCCAGGCAACAAGGAGCAAAACCGCUGAGGAGACCCCAGCUCAAACAGCUCUAGAUUAAGGAAAUCUUAAAACAAACUAAAACUCCUCCAAAAUAAAACUACCAUCAUGAAAGUUGCUAAAUUUAUGUGUCAUAUAACAAUAAUUGUUUUAUGUUGUGUUUUAUCAGUUUUAGCUGAAACACUAGACACAAGACAUUUACAAAAGCAACAUCUAAAACAUUUAGCACAACAACAACAAACACAUCAACAUCCACAUCAUCAUCGACAACAUCUAACAAAAGUAAAACAACAAUUAUUAAGCAGCCCCAUCAGUACAGCUAGACAAUCUAGAAAAUUAGAUAUAAAAUCACCAACAGCUUCAAUAGCCACACAUCUAGAAAAUCCCAAUAGUCAAGUGGAACUUAUUGAACAUGUUAAGAAUAGCAUACCAAAGAAUACAACAGCACUUGGCAGCUCCACUAAAUUAAGACGUGUAAGUGCUAAAGAUUAUUACAAUAAAUCCAUACAAAGACGUUAUAAUGCUCGUCGUAAUGCCCACGAUGAUUGGGCCUAUAAUACCUAUAAUGUUCAUACAAACACUUUCGGUCCUACACAAACUCAAUCACAUGCCGGUAAGGGUGAUGAUAAUAGUGAUGAUGUGGAAUUUGUUAGUAAUACAGGGGUAAAAUCUUUACCUGAUUGGUCGAGACGUGGUUAUGGUCCAGCAAUGGUACCAACUUCGGCUCCUACACGUAAGACAACAACUACAACUUUGGCCCCACCUGCCAUGAUACCCGCAAGACGUGGUUAUCCUUUGGCACCACCCACCAGUGCGGGGUCUGACGCACCCACUACUGAAGAUCCUUUUGAAACGAAUGUUAUUAGUAGAAAUCCUAGUGGUAUGGAUCCAAAGGAUAUGGAAAAACGUCACAUUUGCGUGCAACAGCGUACGGUAACAAUGCCCGUAAAAUCAACUGAAGUUUAUACACGUCCAAUUUGGAAACAUGUCAGUACGCCGUGUCAACCGCAAACGCAUGUGAAUCAAAUGUGUACACGCGUCCAGUUGGUGCACGAACAAGCGUUUCGCGAUGUAAUACGUCACAAAUCAGCUCAACAGGUCACCUAUGAUUGUUGUACAGGUUGGAUGCGUGAAUCACCGCAUGCUGAUGGUUGCAUGAAACCAAUUUGUGCAGCUCGCUGUCAAAAUGGUGGCACCUGUAUGGGUCCCGAAACCUGCUCCUGUCCGGCGGGUUUUAGUGGUCGCUAUUGUGAGCACGACAUUAAUGAGUGUAAAGAAGAGAAACCCUGUGAUCAAACCUGUAUUAAUACGGUGGGUUCCUACUAUUGCAAGUGUCGUGAAGGCUUCUCUUUACAGGCCGAUCAGCAAAGUUGUAAAAAAAUAGAUUUACACCAUGAUGAUGCAUUUGAAGCACGCGAUUUAGAAAAUGAAAUAGAAACACAAGAAGACAUCACAGCCAGAUUACAAAAGAUUGAAAAACAAUUGGCCAACGAAAGAGUGCAGGCGAAUGAAUUGCACAAAACAUUGCAGUCGACUUAUACAAUGGUGGAUUUAUUAAAAAAUCGUUUAGUUAAUUUGGAAAAACAACAAUUGGACUAUAAUCGUUUGCAGACAAAUUUAUAUAAUACAGAAUCUCGUACUCUUAAGCUAGAGGGCAUGGUUAAUUUAUUAAUGAAAUGUCGAAAUGGUCCCAAUGCUCAUUGUCCUUAGAAAUUUUAAAUCCACUAUUAAGAAAAAAAGUUUUAUUAUUAAAACAAUUUAGUUUUAUUUUUCUUUCUUAAGUUAAACAAAUCACACACACACAGAACUGCAUUUCUUUCUCGUUUAGAAAUUUUUUUUUUUUACUUAAUUUACUUUUUCGCUGUAAGUCUAGUUUAAGGCUUAUAAAAAGGGAAAUCCUAUGAUAGGAUUAUAUUUUAAUUUAAAAUGUUUGUAUGUAAUAUUAUUUAUGUAAGUAAAUCUUCCCAAAUUUCUUUGCUCUUUUCUUUAGUAUUUUUUUGUGUACUUAUACAUUCAUUACCUUGUCUUCUUAUGUGUCAUCAUUCCCUAACAUUUUCUUUGUAUUAUUGUUCGCUCGAAAUUUUGAAAAUUAUGAAAAAAGAAAACAAAAUCUUUAAGUUAAAGAGAAAUAUUUUCAAAAAAUAAUAUAACCGUUAUUUUGCACGUUUUAAUUGUUUAAGUAAAGGUUACCAUAUUUCUAAUUUUUUUUUUCUUUUAUUUGGAAAAAAUCGAUAAUGUAAAGCUUUUAUAUGCUUAGUUUUUAGAGAACUUUUAUUUUUUGU